AAUGGACAACUUUUUCACCAGUGUCCCUCUGGCUGAGAAACUCCUCAAGAACAAUCUGACCAUCGUUGGGACUCUUCGCCAGAACAAGCCUGACAUACCAUCUAUCAUGAAGCCAUCCAAAUCACGGGAGCUUCAUAGCUCGGAAUUUGGAUUCCAUGGCAACAUGACCAUGGUGAGCUAUGUGCAGAAGAAAGGAAAGGCUGUUGUCCUACUGAGCACCAUGCAUGAUGACAAAGCAGUGGAUAACAGCAGUCAGAAGAAGAAACCAGAAGUGAUCCAGUACUACAAUAAAAUGAAAGGAGGAGUGGACACAAUGGAUCAAAUGGUUAGCAACUACACAUGUCUGCGGAGAACAAGGAGGUGGCCCAUGGUUCUCUGGUACAAUAUGCUGGAUGUUGCCACACUCAAUGCCUACACCAACUUCAGUGCACAACACCCUGAUUAUAUGGGUGGUGCGAGUAAUGCACAACGACUAUUUAUCAAGGAGCUGGGCAAAGAGCUCGUCAUGCCACAUAUGAAGAGGCUCAUGGAGGGCACAACCAAAAUCCAGAAGCAUAUUAUUGAGACAAUGGGAAGGUGUGGGUUAAAAAAAGACAUGGCCACCACUCAGCUACAAGAGGACAUCAGACAGGAGGGCCAAAGGAAGAGGAAGAGGUACGCGAUCUGCCCAGUUUCGAAAGACAGAAAAGCCAGCAGCUGGUGUUCCCAGUGCACUAGGCCGGUGUGCAAGGAGCACAAAAAAUUAGUGAUCAUUUGUGAGGCAUGCAAAAAUUGA